CUGAUAGCCACUUCAUGUCCAUAGUGACUUCCUAACUCUUUGGUCCACUGCAUGAUUGCUAAAGCAACUUCAGAUUUUCUCUCAUGCUUUUACCUGGUAGUCUCCCCAGGUGUAGGCUUGAAUUAAGAUAUUAUUGGAUUUUCUCUGGGCUUUUUUACCUGCCAUAUUAGGGCAUCCCCUACUACAGGUUUUUCAACUAAAUAACCCCUCUAGACCCCUCUCUAGGUCUCAUGGUUAGCGAUCCCGUUUCCUGGCCCUUCAGUCCUUUCUCUGGACUGGAGUAUACUAAUUCCCUAUGGACUAGUAUCUAACUGAAUCCUUUCUGGAUUGGUCUAUGUGGGUCUUACAGGCAGCUCUUCAAUGUGGUUUUUACACUUUCAACUUAAAACUCAAACCUCAAGCCACUCAAGUUGGGCGCCAUGUUAGACAGUGUGACCAUUUAUAGUACACCUUUUAACCCUAGGAUACUCACCUGCCCUUCAGGAAUGACGUAGAAGACUACCUUGUGGUUGUUCUUUAUCGAGGCUCAGUUUGUAGUUAUAAGUAAAGCCUCACGGAAGGCAAAUGUAACAAUAAAAUAUCUCUGUUAUUGGUUACAAUACAAAGCAGUUAAUGCACAAUAAAAACUAAAUAAAACUUAAAUCAGCUUAAGCUAAAAAGCUCUAUGAUCUAGCUUUACCCAGCAAUAUUGGAGAUGCUGUUAAGCGCCCCACGUUAGGGUAUCAGGUGUCCUUCUACGCAUAAUGCAGGCAGCAUCUGAGGAGGCCUUUUACUCCUCAGACUUUUAUACUAUUUUUUGGGAAAUUCCAACUUUAUGUUACUUUAUGUUAAUUGAUCAAUGCAUGUGAUCCACUCUUCCUGCUGUAGGCGUAUCAAUCUCUGUAUCUCUUGCUUACUAAGACAGAUGUCCUUCCUCUGUCGCCUACACUGUCGUCUUCUUCUAGCACUCUUCCUCUUCUUCACCGAAGUCUUCGUCUGGCUCACCUCCACUUUAGGUUGCCACAUGCUCUCUUCAUCCUUAUGUUCCUUCUUGUUAAACUUUGUGGUUGGUUACAAUCAUCAAACUCAAAAACUUUCACAACUGUUGCUUAGUCAUCUUAUCUUGUAACAAACAAAGGAAGUAUUGCAAUUACUUCAUUUCAUAAUUAUUCAAGCAUUCAAGCACAUAUAGCUUUAACUUAAAAACAAGCUAAUAACAACACUGAAACAGGUAAAUAGCAAUACCAAUAUUAAUUUCCAAAACAGAUUACACAGAUAAUAUAUACUACACAUCAGGAGACAUUGAACUUGACAUAUUGUCUUACCAUCUCAAUUCCAACACUGAGUGACAGAUGAAGAUGUUUGUCAAGUAGUUUUAAUUUUUGAUCUACAGAUUCUAAUGGGAAGAUCUUAACCUCCAACAUAACAAAGUUGAUUCAAAGCAACAGUGUUUCACUGAAAUAAAUUUUAAGCAAUGGGGAGUAAUCUGUCAGCUCUAAAAGACCAUGGCUACACUCUAGUGAGUGAAAAGGAGAAUAAGAUCCUGGUGAAAAAUGAAGGUGGUGAUCAGUUUGUCAUUAAAAAGUUGAGCACAAACCAGGGAGAAUCAGACUUCCUCCUCCAGCUCAAUCAUCCACACAUCAUCCAACACAAGGAAAUCAUCACAGAUUCGGACUGUGCGUAUCUUGUAAUGGAGCACUGUGAGGGUGGAGACCUCGCUGAGAAAAUCAAAAACAAAAAGGAGGGAAAAUUAACGUUUUCUGAAAAUGAGAUUCUGGACUGGAUUGUGAAAAUAUGCAUGGCUUUAAAGUACCUGCAUGAUCAAUGGAUCCUGCAUAAAAACCCGCAGCCUGAGAGCAUAUUUUUCUCUGAGUUUGGAACCAUCCGUCUUGGAGAGUUUGGAGUGAUUCAUCAAUGGAUCACUGAAGAGCAAACAGCAGGAAAUAAACCUUCUUCAUAUGUUGCACCUGAGAUUUUGAAUGACAGACCUUAUGAUGAGAAAACUGAAAUCUGGAGUUUGGGGUGUGUCAUCUAUGAGCUGUGCAUGCUGAAGUGUGCGUUUCCUGCAAUACUUACAGUUGAGACAGUUAAAAAGAUACUCACAUCCUCCUAUGAAGCUCUUCCUGAGACCUUCUCUGAGGAUCUUCGUCAGCUGGUAACAGACACUCUUCAGGCUGAUCCAGCGAGUCGUCCGUCUGUCAGUGAGAUCUUGACCAGACCUUUCAUCAUUAAUUAUCUUUGUGAAAAGAACAUGCAAACUAUUAGGACUCUUUAUAGGACACUAGAGCAACUGAGAGCCCUGGCUGAUGAUUUGGAAAGAGUCCAUUUCAACACAACUGUAGGCAGUCUUACAGGAGGUGUAGUAGGAUUGGCUGGAGGAAUCACAUCUAUAGUUGGACUUAUUCUCUCUCCAUUUACUCUCGGAGCAUCUCUGAUAGUAACAGGAGUGGGAAUCGGUACAGCAGUAGCUGGUGGAGUAACAUCUGGUGUGAGCAACAUAACAAACAUGGUUAACCAGCGAACAAACCGACAAAAGAUCAAAACGAUCAUAAAAGAGUUCCAAGAAAAAAUGAUGUCCACAGUUUGCUGUAUCCAAAACAUUCAAAUUGCAAUGGAAACUUUACAAAACCAGUUUUCCACAAGCAACGAGUCAUUUUCCAAUGCACAAGCCGGGGCAAAUGCUGGAGUUCGAAUUGGCCGAGGACUGGGAGGAAUUCCAGAGAUUCUCCGCAUAAUUGAAGUUGUAAAUGUUGGGAAAGUUGCGGCUCAGGCUGCGAGAGCCGUUCGAGUGGCUGAAGCAGCUACAGGGGUUUUAUCUGCACUUUUUGUUGCGGUUGACGUCUUCUUUGUUUUUCUCGACUCCAGAGAAAUCCACAACAUCCGUCAAGAUUACGCUUUAAGAGAGAGUCAACGCGAAUCAGAAUCCACCAGCAACCAAACCACGGGGUCGACCGGCCAGACAUCAGAGCACAGCGAAGCAACAAAUCUGCUGCCCGCAGACGCUCAACAAGCUGAAGAGCUGAAGUCUGAGACCAUGAAAUUUGUGACAAAAAUCAAGCAGACAACAGAGGAGCUUCAAGCUAUUCUAGAUACACUGCGAGAUGCAAUACACCCAAAUUCUGAACAGCCAAACACUGACAACUAAGAGUUAUUGUAUGAGAGGUGGUGGUUUGUAACUCUCAAUAUGUUCUUCAAUCAUAGAUAUAUGUAUAUUAAUAGCAAAGAUUAGGUGAUGAUAACUAUAUUCUGGGCUUUCAUAAUGACAUAUCUGAAUCAAUAUCACUAGUUUGAGUAAUGCUCACAGAAGCUUUUUAAGAAGCAAUAAAGGAAGCAUUUUAGCUUACUGCACUCAUUUAAUUGUAUAUGUAAUUCUCAUAUAAUCUCAUAUAAUUGUAUAUCAGGACUUCUUACCUUUAUUUCCUUGAUGUUUUAGAAAUCAGAAAACAAAAGCAUAAACUUUUCCUGUUUUUCUGUAUGCGAGUGGCUGCUUAAUGUAAUUUUCUUUGACAUAUACUGAAAUAAAUAUAUCACAGAAAUGCUAAAAUUGGUAUUUUCUUUUGAUUCAAUUCACUAUAUUUUAAUAGGCCAAUUGUAUACAUUAAGUUACAACAUUAUUUGUUUUUUUUUUUUAAUGACAUUUUAUGACUUUUAUGUUUUUUUCCCUC